GAUAGAUUAUACAAUGAUGUAAUUUCAAUAAUGAGAAAGCACAGCUUUGGGUUUACCAACCACCAAGUCAACAGUGUAGGUAACCACGUUGUUUCCACUUUAACCCAGACGUUUUGGUAUCUGGAUCCACAUCACGAGAAAUUUCAGAAAAGAGGUUUGCAACUGCCAAAGCUCUUCAAGGAUUUAUCUGGGUACCGUGAUUUGAAAGUCCAACAUAAAAAAAUUCCACAGGUUACUUCCAUUGACUUGAAAGAAAAUGCACAGAAUUUGUCAUCGCUUCUCACUAUUCCAUGGAUGAUGAAUCCCCAGUUUAAAGAGUUGUACACUUCAAUAGAAGAUUUAAUUUCACAUCUGAAGAAAUAUGAGGAAUAUUUAUGUGACUGCAAUAAGAAGAUGAAGGCAAACCACGAAAGUACAGUGCCCAUUAGAGAUUUGAAAGACAACUGGAUACUCAGAGUCAUUGAGUCUGUGGAAAAUGUGCCCGUAGAGUAUAAAGCUCUGGAUUUGUGCGUUAAAGAUCUGGCAGAAUAUCAACCGAUUGAUCUCAUUAGAUUUGAACCUAAUGAUAAGGAGGAAAGAAGAAAAUGGAUAAAACAUUUAUCUUUAUCAAGUUCUGUUGCAUUGUAUUCAUUCCAAUAUGGAAACUAUCUUGGAAACAUGAAUGUCUUGUGGAAACUUCCAGAGUCAACUUGCAGAGACACAGUGAAACAAGUUAAAGUUAUUGACAAAAUAAAAAGAAACAUACUGAAAUUUUCAACUAGAAAGAUGCAAAAAGACUUUAUAGAUCGAUAUAAAUCCUGUACCGGCUUACAGCCAGUAAUAUUAAGGAAUAUGGUACUCUUAUCUCACAGAGUUUGAAUAUCAGGCCAAUUCUGCAAAUGCUUCACAGAUUGAUGAACGCUUCAUGAAGUUUCUUUUGGAUAGUGAAGAUUGUGAAUUGAUCUUUGAUUUGCGAAAAAAUAAUUGCAGACCUGCAGAAGAGAAAUUCAAGCCAUUCUGGAAAGAGCUUGGGAAAUUUUUUGAUGAAAAAGCAGCUGUUCAUGAAAGACGUUCAAAUGAUAGACUUUACUUACCAUUUGCAAUUUCUGUUGAUGAGCUCAUAAGUCAAAUACUGGAUAGAUUGCCUGAGGGUUCAGAAGCUCCAUCUGUGUCUUGGAUAAAACUGAACUUUAGUCCAUCAAAUGUGUACAACACAACAGCUAAGAAUUACACUGGACAAUAUAAUGUAAGAUUUGCUGUGCAACAGAGAUUGGUUCGAGUGCAGCACCCCGACUCCCAUUAUUGUGCAGUCCUUUUUUCCAUGUUAAAAGAAUUUGCCUGUCGGAUGCGUGAUUUUUCAACAUUUCAAUGCAUGGAUGAUAAGGCCAUCAUACCUCUGGGGGAACCUGGUCAUCCAGUUUCAACUGGGGUACGUGCUCACCAUGGUGGACUUGCAGGUGGAUGCAUGAAAGUUGUAGCACUGGACCACGACUUUCAUGUUGGUGGGAUAAUUCCUUCUGUUUGCUUUGUAAAUGACAUACCAGAAAAUCCGAAGGACUCUUUUUACAAUGGACUUCUUAAUGUUACUGUCAAAGAUAAGGUUUUUCAAGCUUCCUCACCACUGCGACAUUCUACUGAAAACGUGUCAUUAAUGCGACAGUGCAACUCGGUUGAUGACGUGAACCUGCGAACUCCUGUGCUCAUUCGUUAUACUGACGGUGGACCAGACCACAGGACAACAUACAAAAGUGUUAAACUUUGUGCUCUUAUGGAGUUCAUUGCUCUGGACUUGGACAUGAUAGUGUGUGCACGAACAGCACCUUGUGGGAGUUAUGCUAAUCCAGCAGAAAGAAUAAUGAGUCUUCUUAAU